UGCUUGAGACUAAAGCGUCCCAUUCUCACACAACUCGAAAUCAUAGCUCGUUUAUUAUUGAGUUUCGUCGUUGGAUCAUCGAAUUUUGGAACUCCGUCAUAAAGCGCGUCAAAAGCGUGUUUGUCGAGACGAAACAUCCCCGGGCGGGCUCGAGAAGUUUAUCUUCAAAGAUAACGGAGAUGGAUAGCGAGAAUAUUUUUUGGCGAGACGGUGGACUGAGGCGGAAAAGUAAAUCACAAAAAACUCGAAGCAAAGCUUCGAUUGGUAAAAUUGAAAUUCGUGAUUCGAAUUCGCGAUUUCGAGGUUCACGGUUUUCACAAAACUCCAUUAUUUAUCCGGUCGUUUAUAAAAAUCAUCACACGCCGAAAAGUCGCCGGAGAUCGUCCAGGGAAGUGACCAACUCUUCAAGCAAACUGGAAACUACGGACGACGAUUAUUUCGCCCUCUACCGAGAAUCAAAGAAAAAGCUGUCUCUUGAAAAUUCGAGGGAGGAAGUGUUCAGUAAGUCGAGCGAAGUGGAUACGGAGCCGAUCGAAAAGAUUUUGUCGAGAUAUCGAACGAGGAAAUCUACGCCAUUCUCGACGGAACUAGACAUCGAGAGCUCCGUCGAAAGCCUCGAAAUAAGCGACGAAAAAGAAAGAAUCGAAAAACUACCGAGCCACAGUUUGAAAAUCAACAAUAAAAUUUCGCUGGCGAAGGUUGAAGUUGGUACAUGGAUGGAAAAUUCAAGUUUCGAAAGCAAAUCCUUUUUGAAAUCAGAUUUGAAUCUAACCCCCGAUAAAACGAUAUCGGCGAGAAGGAAAAGUCAAUUUUCUAAAAUACCGAGGCCUCGAAAUUCCCCACAGACACGAGGCAUCCACAUUUAUCGACCGAAAAUGGGGUUACGACCAAUCGAUGAUUAUCAUUGAACGAGUCCAAUACAAUUUGAAUUGUCAAAUAAAUAUAGAAGUUUUGUUUUUUAUAUACUUACUUCCGUCAAUCGUCACUUAUUAUUCUUUCAACUUGACGUUUUCUAACCUCAAAAAUGUGACUCAGAAUCCCGACACUGUUGAAAUAAAAAUAGCAUCAAGCUUUGGAACGAAUUUGAAAAAUGUGAAAAAACGUCGAAACAAAUUGUUCAAAACGAGUAAUAAAUAUCGAGUAAAUAGUGAAUAAUGAUCGAGCUGCUCAAUAAUAACGAUGGAGCUCGCCGGGAUUCGAAAUGUAGUGAGUCGUCGUUUGAGAGAGUGGUUACGAGAGACACCUGGUUUUCGGCGUCCGACGAUUGACAAAAGUUCAGGAACGCAAGCAUUCGAACGAAUCCCAAAGCCUGCAAACAUUUACAAGAGCGAAAACAACUAUCGUGAUGAGCAUUACAAACAUCAUGAGGCCGCUCGAGAAAAUAAACGGAAAAAAAGUCGCGUCUGCAAUUAUCGUCGUUCACAAAAAAAUCAUCAUGUUUAUCACGUUUACAAACAAAACGAUUCUGAAGCUCAAAGCUACGUCGGAAGGAAAAAUUUUGAAAAUCCUUUGCUCUCGAUGGACGAAUUUCUGCCUAGAAAUCCUGUGCUCGUUGUGCCGAGAAUUCAGCCGAAAAAUAGAGAAGAAAUUUUCCAUCUCCGAAAUUCAAAGACGACCGAUGAAAAUCAAUUGAUCAAGCGUUACUGUGAGAACGGAAGGGACUGGCAAGCCAACAAUCGGCAGCGAAAUUCGAGCCUCUUCCGGAGGCAGAUGUCAAACUUGAAGAACAACGCGAACGAGGAGCUCCGCCGACUCGAGAAGCUCAGACUCCUCCAGCCGAAUAUUUCGUGCGAGGCGAUCGCGUUGAGCCUGAGGCUCGAUUUCAAACCAGAGCAAAUCCAGGUGGAGGAGCAAUAUCGGAAAAAAGCCAGCCAAGUUUUCGCGUCGAAUCAUCAAAUUGAUGGUAAAAUUCGCAAUUUUGUUAACGACAAAAAAAACAACGAGAAUCAAGAGCUCCGUCGCAAGUACGCCGACAAAAUGAAAGACGCCGGUGACGAAAGGAUUCGGGGAAUGGGAGAAACGAAACUCGACGAAAUCGACGAAGAAAAUCGGCCAAGGCCGGAUCGAGGGGCGGGAAAGGUCGAAGGCGAAUCGCAGGAAACCCUGAACAAGAAAAACCGAAGUGCGGUUAUCGGAGUCAAAGAAUUGGACGAAUUGGGAGAAGAAAUUGUGCACAGAGAGCAAAGAAUGAUCGACGUGGAGCUGAAAGCGAAUGACGAAAUCGAAGAAAACACGAAAAAACAGUUUUCGCGUCGCGAAAACUUCGGAGAGGAAAAUACGAAGGUAAACCGAUCCGAGAAUCUUCCGGUUGUGUCUUCCCUCACUCAAAACAAAAUGAACGAUCUGUUGAACGGUUUGCGAGAAAGAAUAAAUACGCUGAAACACGAGGAGAAAAUGAUCGGCGAAUUUGGAUGGAAAAUGAGGCAGGUCAGGCUGGCAGCCGAGUCCUGCGACAAAUUUCGCCCCUCGCUCGGCCAUUCUCAAGAUAAAACUAGUUCGCUCGCCAACUACACGAUCCCCAUUUGCCCUGGAGCGCGAGCCUCUUUUGCUGAGAGAAUUCAAGAAAUUUGGAUCGAUCACAGAGCUCGGCCCACGCCCAGUGGAAACGAUCUCGAAAUAUUCACUGAGAGGGAGAAAAACGCUUUGGGAACCGAGGUGGAAAAAGAACCGGAAGAAAAGUUCCGAAGAAUCGGGGUCUGGGAGACCCGGAAGGCGAAACCGAGGCAGAGGCUUACGAAAUCGAUACUGACGGCGACGGGUCGUAAUUUUGAGAUCUUCGAACCAGCCAUUUGUCACGUCGGCGUUCAGUACGAAGUGAGCGAGUUCGGGGCACGGGCGAAGUCCCUUUUCUCCGACCGCAACUCGGAGGAAAAGCGUCAAAGUUCGAUCGGGAUCCAGAGCAGCUGGUUUCCAGAGGUUCCUCGAACCCUUUCGAGGAGCGUGUUGGAAGAAGUUGGUCCAGAAUCCGGAGCUCGAAAAGCUCGCGAUUCGGUUUCCUCGUUCCCGUUCAGAAUUGCAUCGAGAGUCCGGAGGUUCGGACCGCUGCAUUGGAGUAGAAAAGAGUCGAAGAUUUCAGUGGCGAAGCUCCGGAUGAAAUUUGUCCCGAAUCUGCGCUCCUCAGUUUUCCGGAUUUCGAGAAAGAUUGGCGAAAAGAGCGGGGGCCUCGGUGCCCGAGUUUGGUUCUCCAUGCGGGAGAAGCUGCGCUCGAAAGUGGGCGAGAAAAAAUGGAAAUUCGAUGAGAACCUUGCCCGGAAAUCGAAGCGUUACGAAAAUCUCGCUUCCCAGCUGAAAAACAUUUUUCCCUGUACUAAAAAAAAGGGGUCGACGAAGGCGAGCGAGAAUCCCGGAAAAACUGGGGGCGAGGCUGCGCCGCGUCUGUCCCCAAAGUCGGGGGGCGAAAAAGUCGAGAAAAAAUGGUCCCGCGAGCGGCUCGACCGAGCCGAUUUUUCCGCCUCGCCUCAACUCGACGAGCCUUUCUCGAAGACGAAAUGUUCUGAGAAAACGGACUCGGCGAACCAGAGCGGUGGAUCAAUGACGAAGUUAUCAGUAACGACCUCUAAUUCGACUAAUAUAACCCGCCAAUUACGCGGCUCAACGAGCGAUACGCGAGCCGAACCCUCCGACGAGUUGCGACUCGACUCGGCUCCUUGUCAAUCUCGCGCCGAGAUUAUCAAGACCGAUUGUGGGUCUGAACUCGAGAGGAACUGCGAAGAGGAGAAAAGCUGGAUAAUUUUCGAGCAAACCGAACCUCCGAGUUGGAUUGUCGAUGCUAGGAAAAAAAGGGUGGAGAGCAGUUCGCAGAUCGUUGCAAAAUUGUCACCGAAAAGGAGCAUCGAUAAAUGGAAAAAAAGUGUCCCGGUUCCGAGAGCGAAGCGAGAAGGUGCUGAAAAAAAGAGGCGAGUUUCAAGAAAAACUGAUUUCGACGCGAGGAACGAGACUCUGGCGAAGGGAGUUAUCAGCAAAAUGAGUUCAGCGAGGAGCGAGAAGAAUCUGAGAUUGCAACGCCGUAAAUCUGUGAUCGAUAUGAAAGCUGAUAAGCCGGUGUCGUCGGAGCAAACGGGGAAGGUCGACGUACCGAGCGGACGAACACAAAGGUCGAAAUAUUCAACGCGACAGAAUUAUCCGGUGGGAAAAAACGAGACCGAAGGAGACGGGAAAAGAAUGGGUACGGCACCGAGCUCGAGUCAACGACCGAAGCGACGCUUCGAUUCUUCGAGGAUUCCUCGCGAAGCUCAUAAAUCGAGGGGCAGGUCGAGUCUCAUACCGAUUCCAGUGGGAAACGCGAGGGAUUUUGGGGGGAAAAAAAAGUUUGAAUGCGACAAAAACUCGCUGAAUUUUCCUGCUGCGCCCUCCCUGGUCGAUAUUCUUGACGAUGCGCCGAGGAUAAAGAUGGAAAAGUCAGUGAAUCGCGACGAAAAAUUGGACGGACUCGAGGGCGAGGGAAAUUUUCUGUCCCCGGAUGCGAAAAGGUCUCGAACGAUCUUAAAAAGCACGCGGCCGAUUCCGCGGGGUCGAGAAUUUAAAAAAACUCCUGAAAACAAAGUUCAUUUUGAGUUGAGAAAAAAGUUUCCGAAUAAUUCGACAUCGAGAAAAAUGUUGGAGGACGAGUCGAUCAGUUGGAAGAAAAAAUGGUCGGGAUUGAGUGGGGAAAUUGAGGACUGGAAAAUCGAGGAGAAAAUCCACUCGAGCCUCGAGACCGGAGCUCCUUUGAAAACCAUUACGAUCACCGAGCCCAGCGCAGUCGCUCGAAAAAGCGACUCCCGUUUUUUCACUUUCGAACCGAACCAUUUUUUCGAUCUACCGGGAGACAAGUCAGCGCUGGAUGUGAAGAAUUUGAAAAAAGGGAAGUUAACGAGCCGUUCUUGUCACAAAGAAGCUCCACCGGAGCGACGAAAUCCUACGCGAACUCUCGAAAAACGUGAUUCCAAUAAAGUUAGGUUAUGUCAUGGUGCACUCGAGAAAAAACAAUUUUACGACUCGAACGAGAAGGGAAAAGAAUUUAGGGAUUUUUCGAGUUUUAAUCGUGUCGAAAAAUCCGAACGAUCGUUGAUCGUCGAUUUGACGAGCAUCAAGGAAAAACUUGAUAACGAAAUUAUUGAACGCACGUCAAGAACUUCCGGCACCGAAGAUAACGAUUGCGCUAUAAUUCUCAUAAACGCAAUCAAUUCUUCGAUGCAAUUGUCCGAUGAUUGAUUUUCUAUGAUCAACAAUCUUACACUGUACUGAAUUUAUUGAAAAACACUGAAAAACCCUCAAUCAAUGAUUCUAACUCAUCCGACGUCAUUCCAUCCUUUAACGCGCUUAAUCGCGCUCGGACAUGUGUGUCAGAGUCGUUACAAAUUGGUGCAAAAUCGUUUAAGCCCAGGAUGUAAUGUCCCAACGUUCGGUGCAAUAGACUUAUGCAACAGCAGAGCGCUGUCUUCACGGUUCGCAUAACUAUUACGCAAUUACGUAAAUCCUUAUCGCAAUAAUCGCACAAAUUUUGCCAUUUUAUCGUUUACAUUCGUCGCAGUUAACGAAUUCGGGACUCACGGAAAACAGCGAACAUCGCGAAUGAUAAAAAACUGAUUAAAACUAAUAUUCGGAAUUUUCAAAGUUGCUUCGUAUUUCAAUUAUUUUCCAAUGAUAUAUUUCGGGCUUCUACUUUUCGAGACGAGCCGUUUGGAGCCCCGCAGGCGGUCUAGAGUGUCAAUUUUUACUGUUUGUGGUUAGAACAAAUUGUCGAAAAUAACCGUCAAAUUUUCGUCUGUGGAGUCCGACGCCAUUUUUUUACGCAAAAUUUGUUAACAUUGAUGCAGAAAAAAGAUAUUGAAAUGUAUAGUUUCAAUCGAAAAGUCACAAACCUCUUGAAAUAGAACUUCGAUCGAUUAUUUCAUA